AUGACCAACCAGGCUAGUCAUGACACCAGACCACACGGUAAACAACAGAAAUAUGAAAUAGUUGUGAUUUAUAUCAACAGAGUGUCAGAAAUCAUUAAGCAAGUGGAAAAAGAAGAAAAAGAGAUAAAGGCUGUGGCUACAAUGAAAUCAAUUUUUCAAUAUGACAAGAAAAGCAGUCCAAGUGUUAUAGAAAAUGAACAAACAAAGUAUGUUAAACAACAUGAGAGGCAGUUCCAACAGUUAACUAAAGAUAUUCAAAGAAGACAAGAGAAAAAGAAACCACUAAACUGUCUGCAGGAAGACGACAACCUUCAGGAGGAAAUAACCAGUAUAGGUAACGACAGUGACUCAACAUUGAGUGAUUGUGCUAACCCUGAUACCCACAUGCAUCUUGCCAGUCCUGUACACUUUUCUGAUUCAGAUGGUCAACAUGACAUUGUUGAUAUUGUAGAAGACAGCACUUCUGACUGUAGUGGUCAGAAUAGAAGCUUCAGUCUGCUUGACAACAUUCCAUCAAACUUUGAAUACUGGAAUGUUAGUGACUUUCAAGGAACAGACAGAAAGACAGGUGUGAAAAUAGAAGAGGACAAUCCAGGAGAAGAUGGUAUCAAUGAAACAAUAGAUGAUUAUGAGGUGAAGGAUGAAAAGAUUUAUAAUAUAAAAAAAGAAUGUGAUAGAGAAGAGAAAAUCAAGGAAAUUUCAAGUGAAUAUGAAACCACCAGCAAUCAUUCAACACCAGUUAAACAUGUACCUCUUCCUGUAAGAGGUAAAUUAAGCACAGUCAAGCGAAGUCUACGGCUGAUGAAACGACAAAGAGAGUAUGGUGAGCCUUCUAAGGGGAUACUACGUAAACGAAGCAGAUGAAAUAAGGUGAUAUAAGGAAGGAGGUAGGACUUGCUGUUAGCCACAAUAUGACAUGGUAAAGGUUUAAUUAAAAUAUGUUUUGAUAAGAAACAGGAAAUAUUGAGAAAAACAUUUCCAUGAUAUUUUGUACAUUAAGAAGCCUAUAAUAGUGUCUGAAAUCAUUACAUACAAGUAUCUGACUUUAUAUGUAUCCAAAGUAAUUCAUCCUUAAGUUCAAAAUCCGUGCAUCCAUAGUUUGGAUCAUGAGACACAGGGAUCAUGAUUAAUUACUACAGUGUGAUCGAAUCCCAAAAUGAAAGAAUUAGUGUUGCUCUUGAGUUUGCAAACUGCAGUUUGUGAAGAGGAAAUGAAAACAGUUCCAAGGAAUAUCAAGAUGUAUGUUUUUCAUCAUGUGUUAACUGAACUUAAGAUAGUUCUAUAAUUGAUGAAAGAAACAAGUUGAUGACUAAAUGUUGUCAUAUUAUGUAAGUAGAAAUGUAGGGUUUUAAAAGAUUUACUUAAUUAAAGUGAGCUACCUUAAGAUAUAUAUGAUAAGUAUAAAUUAAAUAAUAUUUUUCAUAUCUGAAUAUGCUUUACAACAAGCAAAAAGUUAAUAACUGUUUUUCACAUCCUAAAGGAUUAGAACUUGAAUGUGAAGUAGCUUUCUAGAUAUUUCUCAAAUCAUUAAAAGUAGCUUUUAAUUUGUUAAUAUACAUUUUAAUCUAAAAUUCUUGAUUUUGUUCUCUUUGAUGUUUUCAGUAAUCACGAGUAAACAUUUUAAUACAAGAAAAUUAGAAACUGAUUCCUUUAUUUUCAAAUCCAUGGUUGUAAUAUGCGAAAUAUUUAUGAAACGUAGAAUUGUCUUUGUUAAUUCUGUAAAACUGGGAACCUUGCAAAAAAUAAAAGUUUAUGAAAGUAACAGUCAAAUAAUUGAUGUAGUCUAAUUGUGAAAAAUCAAAAACAGUUUUAAAAGCUAUGAGAGAGAGAGAGAGUUUGCAGAAUGUUCAAAUUAACUAAGUGCC